GCGGCCGCGGCGCCGAGGGGCGGCGGGAGGAGGAGGAGCGGGGGGGCGGCGCGGGGCCGGGCCGCAAAAUGGCCGACAGGUUCUCCCGCUUCAACGAGGACAGGGACUUCCAGGGCAACCACUUCGACCAGUAUGAAGAAGGGCACCUGGAGAUAGAGCAGGCGUCCCUGGACAAGCCCAUCGAAUCGGAUAAUAUCGGACACCGCUUACUGCAGAAGCAUGGCUGGAAGCUGGGCCAGGGCUUGGGCAAGUCGCUGCAGGGGAGGACAGAUCCCAUCCCAAUUGUCGUCAAGUAUGAUGUCAUGGGCAUGGGGCGCAUGGAGAUGGAGCUCGACUACGCCGAAGAUGCCACUGAGCGGAGGCGUGUACUGGAGGUGGAGAAAGAAGACACCGAGGAGCUGAGGCAGAAAUACAAGGAUUAUGUGGAUAAGGAGAAGGCGAUCGCCAAGGCUUUGGAAGACCUCAGAGCCAACUUCUACUGCGAGCUCUGCGACAAGCAGUACCAGAAGCACCAGGAGUUUGACAACCACAUCAACUCCUACGACCACGCUCACAAGCAGAGGUUGAAAGAUCUCAAGCAAAGGGAGUUUGCUCGUAACGUCUCCUCAAGAUCGCGGAAGGAUGAAAGGAAGCAGGAGAGAGCCCUGCGGCGUCUGCACGAGCUGGCCGAGCAGCGGAGGCAGCCUGAGUGCGCUCCGGGAAGCGGCCCCAUGUUCAGAACCACAACUGUGGCUGUGGACGAGGAAGGUGGGGACGACGAUGACGCUGCGGCCAACAGCAGCUCAUUCACCCAGACGUCAGGCCCAGGCGGGGAGAUGGGCACAGACAGGGGUUUCCUAAACGUGGGGCAGGGCAGUGGCAGCGCCGUGCCAGGCCAGGCACCCCUGCAGGCAGCACAAGCUGUCAGCUUUGGCAUUAAGGGUGCGUUGGGAACCCCGCUGCAGAAGAUCGGAGUGUCGUUCUCCUUUGCCAAGAAGACUCCGGUGAAACUGGAGACCAUCGCUUCGGUUUUCAAGGAUCACGUGGAUGAAUCGAGUUCUGCAGAUGGAGCUAAAGCUGAUGAGAAAGGGUCCUCGGAUGGAGGGGGCCUGCAGAAAGCCGGAGAGGGUGAAAGCACAAACAGUUCUGACGGCAAGACGGAGGACGACGACCAUGACAAAGACAGCGGGUCUCUGGCCACCACGCUGUCCAAACUGAAAAAGAUGAGGCGAGAGGACGGACCGACGGCGGUUGAACCAGAGUACUACCAUUAUAUCCCCCCAGCCCACUGUAAAGUAAAGCCCAACUUCCAGUUCCUGCUUUUCAUGAAGUCCACAGAACAAACGGAAGCUGAAAACGUGAACAAAAAAAACACAAAUGAAGUCAGAAAGGGAAAUUCCCCUAAACCCAAACCCAGCAAGCACGUGGAGAAGGCAGCCGAGAGCAUGGCACAGCCAAAGGAGCAGAGCGCACCCGAAAGCACCGCUCAGCAGGGCAAGGUGGAACAGAAGGAAACCCCAGAAGACGUAAGUGUGCAGGAGAGCAAGUGCCUGGCAGAGAGCAGCCUGCCUGAGCCAGGCGUGCCCGGCGAUGCUGCCCAGCCUGCCCCGAGCUGCAAGGAGGUCCCAGAGGGGCCCAGGCCACCAACGGGGCCCUUCAUUCCGGUUCUGAGUAAGGACGAGAGCACCACUCUGCAGUGGCCUUCUGAGCUCCUCAUAUUUACCAAAGCGGAGCCGUCUGUUUCCUACAGCUGUAAUCCUCUGUACUUCGAUUUCAAGCUCUCCCGCAACAAAGAUGCGAAAGGUAAAGGGGCAGAGAAAUCCAAGGAUCCGGGCGGGCUGUGCAGGGAGAACAUCCAGAACGCAGAGUUUGGAGAGGUGAGCAAAGCCAAGGAGGUGGACAGCAUCACCGACGGUUCUGGAGGGGCGGAGAGCAGAUCUCUGUCCCAGGGCAAGCAGGAGGGCUGCCUGCAGGGCAAGGGCGAAGGUGAGGGUGACGAGAGUGGGAGGAGCGGAAGCGGCCGGGGUAAGGCUGGCAAAUCCCACAAGCACAAGAAGAAAAAGAAGCACAAAAAGUCCAGCAGGCACAAACGCAAACACAAGGAAGAGCCUGAGGAAAAGAGCCGCAAAACUGACCUGGGUGAGGAGAAACCCAGGAAACGGAGACGGCACCGGCACAAAAAAGUGAAAUCCUCUCUUUCUACCGAAUCGGAGCGGGCGCUGAAGGCCGAGCUGUCCGAGGAGUGCGGCCACUUCCAGAAGAAGAAGUGCUGCUCGCAGGAGUCGCAGAGGAAGUCUCUGUCGGCAGAGGAGGGCAGCAGUGGGAAGAAGGAGGACAGCGGUGCCUCGUGCCCCGAGCACGGCCCCAAGAAACGCAGGGCUGCACGCCGACGGUGCUUGGGGCCGCGCCGCAGCCGGCAGAGCAGCGGGGACGAGGACGACAGCGACGAGGGCUCUCGUGGUAAGCGCUCGCAGUACAGUGAUGACUACGGGUCGGGCAGCGAGCGCUCACAGAGCCGCUCCGCGUCGGGGCGCGGGCACUCCUCGCGGCGCUCCUACUCCAGCAGCUCCGACGCUUCGUCCGACCGCAGCCGCUACAGCCGCCACCGGAGCUACUCUGACAGCUACAGCGACUACAGCGGGCGGUCGCGGUGCUCCAAGCGCUCGCAGGACUCGGAGGACGACUCCGACUACAACAGGUCGAAGCGGCGUAAGUACUCCUCUUCUGAAGACUACAGCUCGAGCAGGAGCAGGUCGAGGAGCCGGAGCAGGAGGUCGAGGACACGCAGCCGGGGCCGGACACGGAGCAGCAGCUGCAGCCGCAGUCGCAGCAAGAGGAGGAGCCGCAGCAUGACGGGGCGCAGCUGGAAGCGCAGCCGCAGCUACAGCCGCGGGCGCAGCACCAGGAGCCACUCACAGCGGUCGCUCUCGAGGAAGGGCUCCCGCGGCCACGAGAGCCCCGAGGAGAGGAGGUCGGGGAGGAGAGACUUCAUCAGGUCCAAGAUCUACCGCUCGCAGUCGCCGCACUACUUCCGAGCGGCACGAGGUGAAGGGGCCAUGAAGAAAGAGGACGGCAAAGGGGAGGAACCCAGGGGGUCCCAGAACAGCGGCUCGGGCACCAGCCGUGCCUCGGAGGGUGACUGCAGCCCUGAAGAGAGAAACUCCGUCACCGCUAAGCUGCUCCUGGAGAAGGUCCAGUCCCGGAAGGUGGAGAAGAAGCCCUGUGUCGCCGAUGAGAUGCUGGUGGGGGCCGGCAAGGUGGGCAUCAAGCUCAAAGACCCUCCGCAGGGCUACUUCGGCCCAAAGCUCCCUCCCUCUCUGGGCAACAAACCCGUUCUGCCCUUGAUUGGAAAACUGCCGACCGUGCGAAAGCCCAACGCCAAGCGGUACGAGGAGUCCGGAAUGGAGAGGGGUGAGGAGCUGUCAGAUUCUGAAGGGGCGGAGGAUGCGCCGCUGGGCGGGCAGCCGCUGCUGGGAGACGCGGCGUUGGGGCUGCAGGACGCGGCUCUGGAGGAGCAGAAGCGUGAGGAGGAGAUGCCCUCCGUUCCCCUGGAAGCGCCGGCGCUGCCCGAGUGCUUCAGCUCUGGGGACCUGGUGCUGCCCCACACCUUCCUCGCAGCCCCGGGUGAUCGCGAGGCGCUGGAGCCGAUGGACGGGGGCAGCCAGCCCGUGCCCGUGGACACGGCCAUGAUGCCGCUGGUCCCCGACGUGGAGCACUUCCCCGGCUACGUGCCGCAGGGCGGCGAGCCCGGCAUGGAGGGGGACCGCGACGGAGGGGAGGACUCCUCGCUCGCGCCGCUGGAGAGCCAGCCCAUCACCUUCACACCCGAGGAGAUGGAGAAGUACAGCAAGCUGCAGCAGGCGGCCCAGCAGCACAUCCAGCAGCAGCUCCUGGCCAAGCAGGUCAAGGCUUUCCCCGCCUCGGCUGCGCUGGCCCCCGCGGCGCCCGCCCUGCAGCCCAUCCACAUCCCGCAGCCGGCGGCCGCCUCGGCCACGUCCAUCACCACGGUGCAGCACGCCAUCCUGCAGCACCACGCGGCCGCCGCCGCCGCCGCCAUCGGCAUCCACCCGCACCCCCACCCACAGCCCCUCGCUCAGGUGCACCACAUCCCCCAGCCCCACCUGACGCCCAUCUCCUUGUCCCACCUCACCCACUCCAUCAUCCCGGGCCACCCCGCCACUUUCCUCACCAGCCACCCCAUUCACAUCAUUCCGGCCUCGGCCAUCCACCCGGGCCCCUUCACCUUCCACCCCGUGCCCCACGCGCUCUACCCGACGCUCCUCGCCCCGCGUCCCGCCGCCGCCGCCGCCGCCACGGCGCUGCACCUUCACCCUUUGCUGCACCCCAUCUUCUCAGGGCAGGACUUGCAGCACCCCCCGAGCCACGGCACCUGAAGGGCGGGCGCGGAGCCGCCGAGGGGGAAGGGUGUUGAGCUCGGGGGCGAAGCUGACCCGGCUGGAAGGUGAGGAUGGGAUUUACGUUCACUCUCGAGCAGCCAAAGAAACACGGAGGGGUCAGCGUGUGCAGGGUGUUCCACUGGGGCCGCCAGUGGGACGUCCAGUGGGCUCCAGAGAAUGUCUGAUGUCAGGACCCCCACAGAGCUCCAGUGGGACAUCCAGUGGGACUCCAGUGGGUCAACUGAUGGCACCCCCAGAGGCUUCUGAUGGGGCACCAUCCAGUGGGACCUGCAAAGGCCCCCGACGGGCUCCAGUGGAAAUCUGAUGGGAUCUGCAGUGGGCUCCAGCGGGAAAUCCAGUUGGACUCCGGGGGACCCCCAGUGAGACAUCCAGUGGGGCUCCAGUGGAACUCCCAGCAGGACAUCCGAUGGGCUGCGGGGGGACACCUGACGGGACCUGCGGAGGGUUCAGUGUGACGUCCAGUGGGACUCCAGUGGGACCCCAGAGGCUCCAGUGGCAUCCCCAGGGGCUCCGGUUGGACUUCAGUGGGACAUCCAGUGAGCUCCAAUGGGACUCCGCUGGGCUCCAGUGGGACAUCUGAUGGGAAUUCCAAAGGGUCCAGUGGGAUCUCCGGUGGGCUUCAGUGGGACAUCCAAUGGGACUCCUGCGGGACCCCGCUGGGAUGUCCAGUGGGCUCCAGGGAGACCCCCGGUGGGACCCCAAUGGGACACGCAGCCAACCCAAACUCCCGGCCGUCCCCACAGCUCCGUGCGGCGCUGGGCCUCCGCGACCCCCGGCUGUUGGAGGGGCUCCUCCUGGGAAGCCCCCGGCCCCACUGCCGCCCAUGGGGGGGGAUGGCAGCAGGGACCCCCCGUGGAGCUGCGGCCGUGGGAAGGCAGGAGGAGCGCUGUGCCCGUCCCCGUUAAUUUAUAGGAUAUCUCUAUUUUUGUUUAACGUACAGAAUUGCACUGAGGGCGGGGGGGGGCGCGGGGCCCUCCGUGGGGCGCGGGGGGGUCGGGUUGGGGUGCUGGGGACCCACCGCUCGUUAACCUCCCGCUGCUUAACGAGCGCCGGCCUGUAUUUAACUGUGUCACAUAAGAGAGAUAUAAAUAUAUAUAUAUGCUGUACAUGGGGGGGCUUUCUAAUAAAGCGACGGUUUGUGGAA